AUAUCUGCUUGCAGAGCUUGUCAGAUAUGUGCUCGCAGAACUUGUCAGAUAUGUGAUAGCAGAGCUUGUCAGAUAUGCACUAGCAGAGCUUGUCAGAUAUAUGCUUGCAGAGCUUGUCAGAUAUGUGCUAGCAGAGCUUGUCAGAUAUGCACUAGCAGAGCUUGUCAGAUAUGUGCUAGCAGAGCUUGUCAGAUAUGUGAUAGCAGAGCUUGUCAGAUAUGUGAUAGCAGAGCUUGUCAGAUAUGUGCUAGCAGAGCUUGUCAGAUAUGUGCUAGCAGAGCUUGUCAGAUAUGUGCUAGCAGAGCUUGUCAGAUAUGUGACAGCAGAGCUUGUCAGAUAUGUGCUAGCAGAGCUUGUCAGAUAUGCACUAGCAGAGCUUGUCAGAUAUGUGCUAGCAGAGCUUGUCAGAUAUGUGCUCGCAGAACUUGUCAGAUAUGUGAUAGCAGAGCUUGUCAGAUAUGUGCUAGCAGAGCUUGUCAGAUAUGUGCUAGCAGAGCCUCAUGUCAGAUAUCUGCUUGCAGAGCUUGUCAGAUAUGUGCUCGCAGAACUUGUCAGAUAUGUGAUAGCAGAGCUUGUCAGAUAUGCACUAGCAGAGCUUGUCAGAUAUAUGCUUGUAGAGCUUGUCAG